UUUGACGUUUGCGUUUGCGUUUGAUCCUCAUUCCUCUUUCUGCCAAUCCCUCGCUUGCUCUCUGAAAUCGUCUCUCCUCAGGGAACAAAAACCUAAUUCUGAUUGAAUUAGCAUCGUGAAAUUUUCCCGUUUCUCGCGUUUUUUGAUUCUCUGAAACCCUAAUGGAUCAACCAGAAGAGGAAAGCAAAAGUACGAAGCAGGAUGACGAGGAAGCUCUUGCGCGUCAAGAGGAGAUUAAGAAAUCGAUUGAAGCCAAAAUGGCUCUUCGUCAGAGCAACUUGAACCCUGAAAGGCCUGACUCGACGUUCCUUAGGACUCUAGAUUCUAGCAUCAAGCGAAACACAGCAGUAAUCAAGAAAUUAAAACAAAUAAAUGAAGAGCAGCGAGAAGGGCUGAUGGAUGAGCUGCGAGGUGUAAACCUCAGCAAAUUCGUCAGCGAAGCGGUUGCAGCUAUUUGUGAGGCGAAGCUCAGAAGUUCAGACAUACAAGCAGCUGUUCAGGUAUGCUCGUUACUUCAUCAGAGGUAUAAAGACUUUUCUCCUAGCCUAACACAGGGGCUUUUGAAAGUCUUCUUCCCUGGAAAAUCUACGGAUGAUUUAGAUGCAGACAAACACUCGAAGGCCAUGAAAAAGCGCAGUACAUUAAAACUCCUUCUGGAACUCUAUUAUGUGGGAGUUAUAGAAGAUGGUGGUAUUUUCAUCAAUAUUAUCAAGGAUCUUACUAGUGUUGAACACUUGAAAGACAGAGAUACUACCCAGACGAAUUUGACGCUUCUUGCUAGUUUUGCUCGUCAAGGUAGAGUCUUUCUGGGGCUUCCUGUUUCCGGGCAAGAUGAAGAGUUUUUAAAGGGCCUCGACAUCACUGCAGACCAGAAAAAGAUUUUGAGGAAAGCUUUCAACACAUAUUAUGAUGCUGCAGCAGAAACCCUUCAGUCUGAGCAUAAACUACUUCAUCAAAUGGAGCAAGAAAAUGCUAAACUGCUGAAUGCUAAAGGGGAACUUAGUGAAGAGAGUGUAUCUUCUUAUGAGAAGCUAAGGAAAUCAUUUGACCAUCUGUAUCGCAAUAUCUCAUCGUUAGCCGAAGCGCUUGAUAUGCAACCCCCUGUUAUGCCAGAGGAUGGUACAACCAGGCUCACCACAGUGGAAGAUGCCUCGUCUUCUGGUCCACCAAAAGAUAUCUCUGUCACUGAAGCCAUAUGGGAUGAUGAAGAUACCAAGACAUUCUAUGAGUGCUUGCCUGAUCUGAGGGCAUUUGUUCCAGCUGUUCUCUUGGGAGAAGUCGAGCCUAAAGCAAAUGAGCAAUCUGCAAAGGCAAAAGAUAAAUCCCCUGAGUCUGGAUCUGAAGCAGUUGAAAGUCAACUAGCUGCAAAAGAAACAGCAGAUGUUCCAGUUGAUUCUGAUCACGUGGCUGAUGGGUCAAAUGCUGAGAAGUCGAAGGAUAAGGGAGAAACCUCUAGUGAAAGGGCUACAGACACAGAGAAUGAAAAAGGGAAAGAAAAGGAUGGUGACAAGAAAGUAGAAAACGAGAAGGAGAAAGUUAAGAGCCUCGAUGGUGCAAACUUGGAUGCUUUGUUACAGAGACUUCCUGGUUGCGUUAGCCGUGAUCUGAUCGACCAGUUAACAGUAGAGUUUUGCUAUUUGAAUUCUAAGUCAAGCAGAAAAAAACUUGUGAGAUCAUUAUUUAAUGUCCCAAGGACAUCUCUUGAGUUGCUACCGUACUAUUCACGCAUGGUUGCAACACUGGCUACUUGUAUGAAGGACAUCCCUACAAUGCUUGUGCAGAUGUUAGAGGACGAGUUCAACUCUCUGAUCAAUAAAAAGGAUCAAAUGAAUAUUGAAACAAAAAUCCGGAACAUCAGAUUUAUUGGAGAGCUCUGCAAGUUUAAAAUUGCACCAGCUGGCCUUGUAUUCAGUUGUUUGAAGGCUUGUUUAGAUGAUUUUACUCAUCAUAACAUCGAUGUUGCUUGUAAUCUUCUAGAGACAUGCGGUCGUUUCCUUUAUCGGUCUCCUGAAACCUCAAUCAGGAUGACUAACAUGUUGGAGAUAUUGAUGCGCCUGAAAAAUGUAAAAAACUUAGAUCCUCGUCAAAGCAACCUUGUGGAAAAUGCUUACUACCUUUGUAAACCACCUGAAAGGUCAGCAAGGAUUGCCAAAGUCCGGCCUCCACUGCAUCAGUAUAUUAGGAAAUUGCUAUUCUCAGAUCUUGAUAAGUCGACCAUCGAGCAUGUCCUGAGGCAACUUCGGAAGUUACCGUGGACUGAAUGUGAGCAAUACAUCUUAAAGUGCUUUAUGAAGGUUCACAAAGGAAAAUAUGGCCAGAUUCACUUGAUUGCUUCCUUGACUGCUGGUUUGAGUCGCUAUCAUGAUGAGUUUGCAGUGGCUGUUGUUGAUGAGGUCCUGGAGGAGAUCAGGGUUGGACUUGAGUUAAAUGAUUAUGGGGCGCAACAAAAGCGAUUGGCCCAUAUGAGAUUCUUAGGGGAGCUGUACAACUAUGAGCAUGUGGAUUCAUCGGUCAUAUUUGAGACGCUUUAUGUAAUCCUUGUAUUCGGGCAUGGUACUCCUGAGCACGAGGUGCUGGAUCCACCAGAAGAUUUUUUCCGCAUCAGGAUGGUUAUUACCCUUCUUGAAACCUGUGGGCACUACUUUGAUCGAGGAUCUUCAAAGAAAAGGCUUGAUCGGUUUUUGGUACAUUUCCAGAGAUACAUACUAAGCAAGGGUCCUCUACCCCUCGAUGUUGAAUUUGAUUUGCAGGAUCUCUUUGCAAUUCUGCGACCCAACAUGAUCCGAUACAUGACCAUCGAUGAGGUUAAUGCAGCUAUCCUGGAACUUGAAGAGCAUGACCAUGCUGCAACGGAAAAAACCAGUUUAGAGAAGAAGCAUUCAUAUGCGGAGAAGGGUCCUGGUAGGCCAUCUUCUAAUGUUAUCUCGGCUAAUGGACAAAGCACUGCAAACGGUGCUACAGAAAAUGGCGAAGCUCAUGAAGACAUGGGAAAAAGUGACAGCGAUUCCAGUACUGGCUCCAUGGGUGGAGAUGGACGCAAUGAGGAGUUAGAUGAAGGGAAUCAUGAUCGAGGAUCUGAGACCGACAAUGGUGACGACUACGAUGAUGGCGAUGGACGUGCCACUGAUGAUGAUGAUGAUGAUGAAUUCCGUGUCAGGCAGAAGAUAGUCACUGUGGACCCCGAGGAACAAGCAGACUUUGACCAGGAACUCAAGGCUGUGUUGCAGGAGAGCAUGGAACAACGAAAACAGGAGUUACGUGGCCGACCAGCGUUGAACAUGACGAUACCGAUGAACGUUUUUGAGGGAUCGGGCAAGGAUCAUCAUCUGGGAAGAGUUGGCGAGAGCGGUGACCAAGUGUCGGAUGAGGAGAGCGGAGAGCAGAAGGAUGUGCAAGUGAAGGUUCUCGUGAAGCGCGGAAACAAACAACAGAUGAAACAGAUGUUCAUCCCGAGGGAUAGUUCGCUGAUACAGAGCACGAAACAGAAAGAAGCUGCGGAAUUGGAAGAGAAACAAGACAUCAAGAGGUUCGUAUUAGAGUACAAUGACAGGGACGAAGAGGAGGUUAACGGGUUAGGAACCCAGACGUUGAAUUGGACGCUCGGUGGAAGUAGAGGCUCGGCUCGAGGAGGAGGUAACACGUGGGAAGGGAGCGGAAGGAGCGGUGGUUCGCGUCAUCGGUAUUAUUAUCACCAAGGAGGAGGAGGGUCGUACCACACCAGAAGAAAGUGACCGACCACAUAGUUCAGCGGGAAGACGAGACAAAGAAUCCUUCCCGAGACUGGUGAAGUUAUAUGAAUCAUGCUUUGGGAAAUAAUUACCCGGGCGACAAAGCAAGAGUCGUAAAACAAUAUAAAAGGUAGCGACUUUAUGAUGGGAUUGGGAGCUUCCGUGGUUGUCGCCGAGGCUCAUCAUUGCUGGAAAGAAUGGCAGAGGAGAUCGAUAUCGACCUUUCGUGUUAGCCUUUUUGCGGUAUGAAUAGCUCGAGAGUUUAUCGUCAUCGUCUAGGGUUUGGUAGCGUGAAAUGUUUAUGCCUUGAACUUACAGUUGUGGGAGUUUUACGCAGUUCGUGUGAAAUCAGAAAGUGUGGUUCUUAUGCGUGUGUGUGGUUAAAGAGGCGUUUGCUGUGGAGAUCAUAUACAUAUGCUUUAAGUUAAAUAAUAACAUGUGUAAUUAGAGGAUAUGUUUUGGUUUUAAUUUGUUCUUAAGGUUGCUCUUGAAUGAUU